GAAUGUAUUUUGUAUAAGAAUUCAACAUAUAUUGUUGAUUAAAAGAUCAGUCUGAAAAUGUUUAAAAAAGUGGUUAUAGGCAUAUCUGGUGGAGUUGAUAGUGCUGUGGCAGCACUUUUGUUAAAAAAUAAAGGAUUCAAUGUUACUGGAGUGUUUAUGAAAAAUUGGGACAUUGCUGAUGAAACUGGAAGGUGUGCAACUGAAGAAGAUUAUGAACAUGCACAGUGGGUGUGCGAUAAAUUACGAAUACCUCUUGUGCAAGUUAAUUUUGUGAAAGACUAUUGGAAUAAUGUCUUCAGUUACAUGAUAGAACAGUAUGAGAAUGGAUAUACUCCAAAUCCAGAUAUUUUGUGCAACAAAAAUAUUAAAUUUGACAUAUUUUUUAAAUUUGCACGUAAUGAGCUUCAAGCAGAUGCUAUUGCAACUGGCCACUAUGCCAGAACUAGUUUUGGUUCCUACCUUGAAAAUUUUAAACCAGACACAAAUGUUCGUUUAUUUAGGGCAGAAGACAAAAAGAAAGAUCAAACAUUAUUUUUGUGUCAGGUACCACAAAAUCCAUUAAGAUACUCCAUGUUUCCUCUAGGAGACUAUUUGAAACCUAAUGUUAAACAAAUUGCCCGUGAAGCUGGAUUAGAUUUAGUCGCUAAUAAGAAGGAAAGUGUGGGUAUAUGUUUUGUGGGAAAACGAAAUUUUCAGGACUUUAUAUCUGAGUAUAUACCAAGCAAACCAGGGAACUUUAUAGACAUAAGAAAUGGAAAAGUGGUUGGAAAACACAUGGGUUUUCAUCAUUGGACAAUUGGUCAGAGAACCAAAAUUGGAGGUAGUUCGGAUGCGUAUUUUGUCUAUAAAAAGGAUGUGGAAAGUAAUAACAUAUUUUUAGUAGGAGGAACAAAUCAUGCAGCAUUGUAUUCAGAUAUUUUUACAACAGAAACUCCUCAUUGGAUAUCUGAAGAGCCAAAGGAACUUAAUAGUUACUUCAACAUGCUUAGUUGUCAUUUUCGUUUCCAACAUACAGAUCCUUCGGUGCCAUGUAUUGCCCACAAGGCUUUGAAUAAUCAAUUAAUAAUUAAAAUUAGUCAACCUUUGAGAGCUAUUACAAAAGGACAGUUUGCAGUUUUAUAUAAUGGAGAGGAGUGUUUAGGUAGUGCUGCAAUCUCAGAAUUAGGCCCAUCAUAUUUUUGUUUAGGUAAAGAAGUAAAAAUGGAACAUCGACUCACGGUUCAUGAACAGAUGGAACGAAUUGUACAAGCAACUGUCUGA